ACAGGAUAUAAGGAACCAUCAGGGUUAGGGUUCCAUUUUGAUUCGUUUCUACCUCUGAGUUCGAGCGGCGACAAUGGCGACCGCACCGACGGAGUCCGUGCAGUGCUUUGGCAGGAAAAAAACAGCCGUGGCUGUGGCUCACUGCAAGCGUGGACGUGGACUGAUCAAGGUGAAUGGCGUGCCGAUCGAGCUGGUGAAGCCGGAGAUCCUGCGCCUCAAGGCUUUCGAGCCCAUCCUCCUCCUCGGCCGGCAGCGCUUCAUGGGCGUCGACAUUCGCAUCCGCGUCCGCGGCGGAGGUAAGACCUCCCAGAUCUACGCCAUCCGCCAGAGCAUCUCUAAGGCCCUCGUCGCUUACCACCAGAAGUACGUCGACGAGCAAUCUAAGCAGGAGAUCAAGGACAUACUCGUCCGCUAUGAUCGCACUCUCCUCGUGGCCGACCCCCGCCGAUGCGAGCCGAAAAAGUUUGGUGGUCGUGGCGCGCGUGCCCGGUUCCAGAAGUCCUACCGUUAGAUCCAUGGUUUCCUGCAAUGCCAAUCUUUCCUCAGAAAGGUUCAACCUUUCUUGCCUGAGUUUGCUUUCUGGUUCUGUUGGCUUGAAUUUUGAUAAGUAAUUGAUGCUUUAGCUAUGUUUUAGUUUAUAUAAUGCUUUAGCUAUGAGAAAACAGUCUCUGUUAGACUCAAUCAUGUGAUUUGGGUUGUGCAAACUUGCUUAUCUGUGUAACAUCAUGCAUAGUUGUCAAGCUGGACUCUUUCUAGCUACCAAGUAAUUUGUUUAUCUUCUAGGUUU